AUGCCGGCCAAGGCGGAGAAAAAGGGGGGCGGGGGGAAGCAGCAACAGCAGGUUCAGCAGAGGAGGGACCCGUACGAGGUCCUGGGCGUCUCCCGCAGUUCAUCGGAUCAGGAAAUCAAGAGUGCCUACCGUAAGCUGGCUCUCAGGUAUUCGGUUUGCUCUCAUCUUUCAGGAUCUUGAGGGUAUAUUCUUAGGAUCAGGUUUUGUACGGCGUUUUGUUCCUCGUGAAAAAAAAUGUCGUUUGAUUGGCCCAAUUUUUAUUGAUUGGUCCUUUAUGUCUUGGAGCUCGUAAUGUGAGAAUUCAGGUUCCUUUUAGUACUUGACAUUCCAUACUACGGUUUUACGUUUGGUUUUUGGGCCCUUAGUUCGGGGCUUUAGGGCAUUGGCUUUCUUUGACUUUUGGUUCGGUCAUUUUCCUCCGUUUCUAUGGGGAAUCCUGUUCGUGGAGCUAGGAUUUCCAAGCUAAAUACGAAAUUAUCUUUAAAAUAUAGGUUGGAUAUAAAUUCAAAUCCUCCGUGGAGUGAGGUCUUUAACUGCCAGAAAACCUUUCAUUUUUCAAUUUUCAAUUUUCAAUUUUCAUUCUUCUUUUAAUUGUUUGUCGAUGGCUUGCCGGGAAACUAUUGUUCUUGCUGCACAUUCACUUGUGAAAUGAACAAUGUUAUCUCUGUGUAUGCGCCAGAAUCGGUGAAAACACAAAUAUUGACGUAGGAAAGCACUCGACGAGAAUGCAUUGCUAGUAAGUGAGCGUUUGAUAUAAUAAUUUGAAUGAAUUACAAGGUUGGAGCUUCCAAAGGAAAAUGUGAUGACUGCUGGUGUAUUGAGGAAAGAGAAGGUACACGCGAAAGACACUACACAGAGAUAGUAUUAUUGGCAUGAUCUGUGUACUAGAGGAGUAGAUGAUGCUAUCAAGUUACUGGCUGGUGGUCAAAAUUUGGGCACUAAAUUUAAUCAAACAUUGAUGUGAGGGUCCUAUUUACAGUCCUGUUUGAGGUGCUGAUCUUUUCUUCUUGAUGGUUUUCUUCAUCUACGUAUUCAAUUACCUUGUUUAACAGGAAUGUCAGUAAAGUGCGUCUGGAUCUACAUUUAUGUAAUGUGCGAUUAUAAUCCCUGUCUAAAGCUUCUUUUCCACCAUUUGAACUAUAGUAAAUAGUAGUUGUGGGAUUCAGUCUGUCAUAUUCAAUCUCCUUGUCGAUAACAAGGCAUGCAUUGUUGCCCUUACAUCCAUAGAUGAUUUCGGAGUUCAUACUAUGCUGAGUUAUAUAAACUAUAAUCCUAAAACAUAUCACUUAGGUAAUUGAGGGGUUUCAUUUAGGACAAGACACAAUAAAAAUUGCAUUAUGACUCGUGCUUGAAGGGAGUAAAAGAAUGCAUUGGUGACACACAAAUCUUGAGGUAUCAAAUUGUUGAAUGAAAUGGUGACAAUGUGGCUUCACUAAUAUAGUGAUCUAUGAUUAUUUAUUUUUCACACGCUAUAACGAACUGUAAAAGGGUAAAUAACUACGUUGUUUGAGUUGAGAGGAGUAUACACUGAAUAGAGAGUAGAUGAAAUCUUAGAAUUCUUCGGUGGGAUGCUUAGUCUCAAUUUAAGUCCAUCAUUUCGCUAAUAUUCUUUAUUAUCUGCUUUUUGGCCUCUGACGCAUUUUUUAGGCUGGAAACAACCCAGUAUUAUAGACACCCGAGGAUUGAAUUAUGUGAUCAAUAUAUAUCUUCUGUAAUCUUUGGUAAGGUAUGGAAAAUCAUGAGGCAGGGGGCAGAAAGUAGAUUGAACCAGAAAUUAUGAUGAUUUGCCAGAUAUGUUUUUACAAAGGUAAUGAAUACGAGCCCAUGUCACUGGGGAAAUGUCUCUAAAUUGUUAAUGAAGGGAGAAGAAGUACUGGGUUUUCAGUCUACUAUAUCCACUUACUGUAAAUCAGGCCGUGCAAAUUCAGUGUGAUUCUUUACUCUGAUUUAAAUUAUUCUCUGGCGAGAGAGCUUCCAACCCCUUUUGCACAGCGUUUUAAGGCGUUUUGUACAGGCCAUAUCCUUCCCCUGAACCUCAGUAAUGUUGUUGCUCGUGCAAUUUAUUUAAUUUCACUUGUUCAGGUGGCAGUGAGAUCCAAUUAAUUGUCAACUCACUUUAAAUUUUGAUUGUCGCAUUACACCUCUGAUUGGUGUUGAUGAUGAAACACUUCGUUCUGCUUUUGAAUUGUAGAUCCAAAAUAAUAUUUUUUUAUGAAAAUAACUUCCUUGCUGAGGGCUAAUGUUCCUUUGUCAGUCCAAUGGAGGAUAGAAAGAUGUGGAACUGUCCUUCUAAGGGAUAACGUGACGAAGUAAAGAGGGAGGUUUUGAUGAUCAAUGGGGUAAAUUUCCAGAUAUCAAAGAGCUUCCUAUCGUGAUUAGAAGUUUUCUGUGAGAAACACUUGUCAGAAAGGACUUCCCACGGGGUAUUGAUUGGCUAAAUUUAAAUCUGUGGGGGGACGAGUUGUAUCCUUUGUGGAAGCAUUCAGGAAAACAUCCAUAACAAUUAUUAUUUUGGGAAUCAUUUAUUUUCUCCAAAAGAUCAUCCUCAUUUCAUUUUAAAAAUCACGGGAUGGAUGCAUUAUAAACUGUUGGAACAUAAUCAGCAUCAGACUGUCAAAUGUAUCCGGUGGAGCGCUCAAUGUUCAGCCGUUUUGCUGCGAUUUGGUGGUGGGAAGAACAGAGGAACCUCCUAAUUUUCCGUUUUCCAGUCUAUUUAUUAUCAACAAGCGAUGAGAUCAACAGAUUAGGGAUUUGGUACAACAUGUGAGCAAUCCAGGAGUCUUCACUCCACCAAACACACCAGAACAGCUUCUUGUUUUUCACUUAUCACAUCAUUAAAGUUUAAUAUUUUGCUGUUAAAUUGGAGUCACAAAUGUUAUUUUUCAACCGUCAAAGAAGCUUAUAUUUUGGACAGGUGGGUAAUAUAUUUUACAAGAUGAUUUGAAAACGAUUCUUUGCUUUCAUCUCAUGGUAGGGAAGCUCUCUUUGUAAUCUUACAUCCGUUAGAGGAAGGGAGGUGUGAAAGCAUUGUAUAGAUGUGGACUCGGUUAUUAUUUCCUUCAAUCAAGUAGAUGAAGCACAUUGCUCUUCAUGUCUUCAUUAAAACUGCAUCCCUUCGUAUUUGGCUUCUUGAAAGCAAAGUGAAUUGUGUUUGGAUUCUAGAUCUCUUUCAUAUGAAAGAAUAUGAUAUUUUAUACGUAGGGUGAAUAUUUGGUGAGGCCUUUAGCUGGAUUUUUUCGUUGUCCAUGUAUAAUAAUGAUUUAUCAAAUUAUUUAUUGAAAGGUUUGGUUCCCCAUAAAACUACUUCAGGACCUAAAAAAUAAAGACAAAUGAAGAAUCCCAUUUGAAAGGUUUGUUUCCCCAUAAAACCGAAUAAUUGUGUGUUUUAGUUCAGUUUUAGUGAUUUUCAGCUGGUAUAAAUCCGAUAUCCUGCAUAACUAGAGAGGCGUGGCCAGGUUCUGAUGUCUCUUUCCAGCUCUGUACCAGACCAGCUGAUCUUUAUAACUGUGCCAUUAUAAGUCCCAAGCAACAUACUGGUAAACUAGUGAACUAUUUCUCAUACCACUUUCACAACAACCGAUGACAUUAUUUAUUUUCUCAAAUUCUCAUUCUUCCGCAUUAUAUUUGAAUUUUUUUUGCUUAUAUUGAGCCACUGAUGGUUCUCUGAUCUCGUUGCUUCGUGUUAUGCUUCUUUGUCCUGUUAGUUUUAUUUUUCCAGUAUAUUCUCUGCAUGACUUUUUGCCCUCCACACUUGGGGAUACUAUAACCACUGGCUUUCCCGAUAGGUUGUUCAACAUUUUCACAAUAAAUAUGUAUAUUUAUCAUUUCGAUUGUUUCCGGGAUUAUUAGGAAUUGGGUUCAUAAUUUCCCGUCGGUUUUGCCUAGCUAUUAUUAUUCGAAUUGACUGUCUGUUCAACAGUUUAUUAUCCUCGUUUUCUAUAUUUACCUUCGUUCUAUUAUUGGCUUGGACGAAAGAAGAAAGUCUUGCUAGAUGCUUAUCUAAUUUAUUAUGAUGUUGGGGUCAUUAUUUUUUACCUUGCUAUUUUGCAUAUAUCUUCAGAUACCAUCCUGACAAAAAUGCAAAUAAUCCUGCGGCUGCUGACACUUUUAAGGAGGUCACAUUCUCAUAUAACAUACUAUCGGAUUCGGAGAAACGACGACAAUAUGACUUGGCUGGCUUUGAGGUAUAUAAUGUUUCACCGUCAAUUGUGAUGCUACUUACUUUAAUGAUGUUUUUUGAGAAACCUUUCCUAGAAGUUUAUGUUUGUUUCUGGGACAUAUUCAGUAUUAUGGGUAUGUGAAAAUCUGCCUAAAAUUGUUAUUUCUAUGAUUUAUGUUAUGGUUUCCUGUUGUUUUUCUCUGAAACCUUGGUCAGCAAUGCAAGUCCGAUGUGGUGUAUCUUUGUGCAGGCGAUUGAGUUAGAGAGCCAGGAAUUGGAAUUAGAUCUUUCAAGUCUGGGUGCUGUAAACACCAUGUUUGCUGCACUUUUUAGGUAAAAAUGUUUCCAUGGAGGUUUUAUUUUUGUGUUUCUAUAUGAUGUUCUUAAUUUUUGCAUCUGUGCCCAACGGUAGUAAACUUGGUGUGCCAAUUAAGACAACUAUUUCACCAACUGUCCUGGAGGAAGCACUUCAUGGCUCUGUCACUAUUUGCCCACUGCAGUUGGGACAGCCUUUCACUAAAAAGGUUGAUCACUUUCUUCUGUGGUUUUCUUUUUAUGUUUUGGUUUUAAUUGUGUGGAUCUUUAAUCAUUCUCUUUUUUUUCGCAGGUAGAGAAGCAAUCUGCCCAUUUCUAUUCUAUAGAGAUAUCAGAACAGGAAGCAGAAGCUGGAUUAGUGUGUCGAGUUUAUUCAACCGACAAGAGCAAAUUCAAGGUUUGUAUCAGUUUUUUCCUGAUACAACUUUUGCAAUUUGUUUUAGCAAUAGAACUCUCUUGAAAAAUGUAGAGUGCAUAGUAUCUUCUUGAAAUUAUUUAAAUUUGUAGGCAUCCCUUUCCCUUGAGAAUACUCAACAGAAUUCCUUUAGGACUUCACCUAAAAACUUUCUGUGAAUAUGAAUUCUUUAAAACUUUUUUUUCUCAUAAAAAGCUCGAGCAAAAUUGGAACAGUUUGAGAUUUGCUAAAGGGUGCCUCAAAUUUUAGUACAUAGUUUAUAGGUAGGGUGUCCCGCUAAGAUUGUAUCCAGAUAUUUUUUCCACCGUUUCUUUUCUUUUUUUCUCCUCCGUGUGGCUGGAAGGACUAUAUUAUUGGUACAUUGACAAACUUGUAUUAUCUCUCGACUCCAAGACUUUUGUGUUAUUAUUAAUACAUUGAAUUUUAUGCCAACACAGCUACUGUACUUUGAUCAAGAGGAAAAUGGUGGUCUGAGCCUUGCAUUACAGGUAUAGUAUUUAUCGGAAUUUAUUCUUGUUGCUAAAAGGUAAUGGUGAAAUAGGCCGAAUUAAUAUCCAUAUUUUUGAGUUAAAUGUGAUGAGUUUUUUAAAUGAUAAUUUUAUGAAUAAUAUAUUUGGAAUUUCGUCUCAUUUAUGAGUUCUUUAAAGUCAAGGGUCUCUGCCAGUUCAUGGUGUUCUCUCAAGCAGCUAACUUUUGUAGUCAUUCAGGUACUUUUUUGGAAAUACAAUUUUUUGGGAUUGUGAUGCGGAUUAAACUGAUCUAAUCUUGACCCAAGUUGUAAGUUGAGGUCGUACCUUCUGGUCAUGAAUACGAGAGGUCUGAUUCCAUUUAGUUGUCUCAUAGCUAUUCUUUUUUUAAAACAUGCUCUCUUAGUCGUAUAAAUGAUCACAGUGAACAGUUUUGGUGUCGCCUGAGAUUGCUACUUUUGAUUGAAACUCCAAAGGAGAGUGAGGUGAAGGACGUAAAGAAGCUUUUCAAGAUGAUGGAGAAAGUUACGUGCAUCAAUGGAGAUUGGGAAAGAUGUGCAAGGUCUUUUCCUGGAAGAAGAAUAAUAGAUGAUAGGUAUGCUAUGUAUUCUGGGAAGGAGGACAAGAAGGAAAAAAGACAGGGACGGGAAAAUCAUCAGGGGGUUUCGAAUAGCUGGGAAAGAGGGAGGAUUGGGACCUAGUGAGCCAUGAGAAUUUUAAACUAGAGGAUAAGCAUUGUGUAACAGGGUCCAGAGAAGAGUUGUGACAGAUAUUAACAGUGGUAGACGUCCUUGGAUUACAAGAGACAGAAUGCGAUGAUGGGGAAGAGGAAGUUAUCAGGGAGAUUGGAGGCCUCCAAGUAGCUAAAGGCACAAGUUUGCCCAUUGUGUGAAUAGCAGUAGGAAUAAGGAUUAUGUGAAGUACAUCAUGGAGAAAGUAUAGUAAUGCCUGAUGAGGUAUGUCAUCUCCGCUUACCCAUCGGAACUUGGAUGAUGCGUUUGAAUGGAGCUUCUUUUGUGCACAUCCAGAAAAGCAAAGAAUGCUCUUUGAAAAUGAUUUCUGGAAUUUUGUGGAAGCUCUGGGUGACUUCAGAGGAGGCAGUGCUCUGGGCAUGAAUUUAUUCCAUUUUCUUUCUACAAACGUUGAUGUAUUCCAAGAUCUAAAUCUAUCCAUAAUCAAUACAGAAAAUGUUGCUUUCGUUCCAUGGUAAAACUCUCGAUUUUCGCUUGUUCCCAUCCUGGGCAUGGUCAAGGAUUCAAGGAUUUUAGAACCUUACCUUUGCACUUUCUCUUCCGUUGGUAAGAAAGGGACACUCCCCCUCUUUUUUUUUUUUCUUUAACUGAAAGCAGCUGAUGGUUCAGUUUGUUCAGCUGCACUCUUCUGUCCUCUCAAAAAUAUGAAAGAGAAGGCUAUCUUUCUGUCAGAGCAUUCAGUUUAAGAAAGAAGAUCUGCUCUUUACUGUAUUAUACUGACAUUUUUUGUUGAUGAUUUAUGGAUUUAUGAUGCAAUCUAAUUCCAGGAAGAUAGUGCUAAAACGGGAAAGGUUACUUCUGCUGGCAUGUACUUCCUUCGCUUCCCAGUUUACCGAUUAGAUCAUGCCAUCAACUCGGUGAGGGCUACAUACAUAUAUAGAUCACGGUUUUUUUUCACCGUCAGCUUCUGGUUUUCACCUGCCGUGUAUUUAUUUUCCCUCCCCAUGUUCUCAAUUCUAGGUGGCAGCAUCGAAGGACCCAGAUGCCGCCUUCUUCAAGAAACUGGAUGGGUUUCAGCCAUGCGAAAUAACGGAGCUCAAAGCGGGCACCCACGUCUUUGCCAUUUACGGUUCGUUUUCUAGAGCUGCUUUGGUUUCUUAUCCCCUGUUGGAUCAAAUGUGAUACCUACGCCGCAGUCUCCUCCGUCCUCAUUUUUCAGGGGACAACUUCUUCAAAAGUGCGAACUACACAGUGGAGAUUAUGUGCGCCGGUCCUUUUUCCGAGGAGAAGGAGAAACUCCGGACCGUGGAAGCCAAGCUGUUGACUAAACGGGCCGAGCUGUCUAAGUUUGAGGCGGAGUACAGAGAAGUCCGACAUCAAAGUCAAUGAACGUCUCAUCGCAGGCCUUCUUCGCUUUUGAAUAAUGUUUCUAUUUCUCUCUCUGUGAGGUCUGCAGGUGUUGGCGCAGUUCACGGAAAUGACUGGGCGAUAUACCAAGGAAAUGCAGUCGGUGGGCUCCCUCCCUCACCCGCCGGCUUCAGUCUGAUUGAUGAGAUUAGUUUGCCAGCCCUGGUAGGAUGUUUUGCUCACUUGAUGAGAUUCCUGCAGAUCGAUGCGCUUCUCAAGGAAAGGGACGCGAUCCACGCCUCGUACACGACCAUCCAACCGUUGAAGAGGAGUUCAAGCAACAAGGCGAUGAAGGCUUCCUCCAAGGACUCCAGAAGCGAAGGCGAACCUCAUGCCCAUGCCCAUGCCCGUGAGAAGAAGUCGGCUUCGAGGGACCGGCCCAAGAAGAAGAAGUGGUACAAUGCCCACUUUAAAGUGGAGAAGAGGAAGCCAUGCUGA